AUGGCGUUGAGGUAUGGUGGACGCAAGUUGUCCUUCGACGUACUCACCGCUAGCACCUUCUUUGAAGACGGCGACGACGAUGAGACCCCCAUCUACAGAUCCAAUUCAGGGCCUCCAAUUCACCAAAAUGGCGUCGCAUCAAAUCCUAACCGCCGAAAACGGAAGAAGAAAAAGAAGCAGCUGAUGGAGUGUUCGAUAUCCGAAAAUUCAGUCACCGAUGGAGGCAUCGAGGGGGUUAUGGAUGAUUCUGUGAAUCAGAGGGUUUUCGAGAACGGUAAUUGUACGAAAGAAUUGGAAUUGGAAUCGGAUUGUAAGGGUUAUAAUUAUAGUGUUUCCAGUGUUGUAUGUGAGGAAGUGGUGAUGGCGGAAGGGAGUGGUGGUGGAGAGAUUGUGUGCACAAGGAGUGUUGCAAAUGGAGGAGGAGGAGGAGGAGGAGGAGGGAAUGAGGAAGCAGAAGUUUUGGAUUCGCGGAUUGAUAAGAAUGCGAAGGAAGAGGGUAGGAGUAGUAGCGGUCAGGAAUUGGAUUUGGCGAUGGGGAAACAACGGGUGGAGCAGAAUGGGGAUGCUGGGAGGAGAUUGGGAAAGGGAGAGUCGUUGGACUGGAAGAAAUUUAUGGAGGAAGAUCCGAAUUACACAUUUUCUGUGGAGAAGUUACCUGUGAAAUACUUCAUGGAAGAGAUGCAUGGUGGAAAUUCAUUACGGAGGACUACGACUCUAGGGAAUGAGAAAGAACGAGAAAGAGUGUACGAUACGAUAUUUCGCUUGCCAUGGCGAUGUGAACUGGAUGUAGUUUUUUGGUCCUACAUUGCUAUACAGAGAUUGAGGGCUGGACCUCACCUUUUGCUCAAAAUUCUUAAGGAUGACAAUGCUUUUGCAGCUUAUAGAUGUUGGCUACUUCGUCUGUUUCGAUUCGUUUCUGUCACUGUUGACUAUGAUGCCAACAAGGAUUCUUAUGACCUUUUGGAGGCUUCUUAA